GCCUGGAUCCGCCACUGUCACAAUCAACUGUAACUCAAUAGCCGAUUUCCGUAUUAUAAACGCCCUUGGAAAUCAAGCGUGAGUUACAAUGGAUUCACGGUGAAAAAAAUAGUUUAUAAUUAAAGAUGCGACUAGCGGCGAGUCUACGACUUGGCUCAUGCGCAGUUUUGCUUUCAGUGUCGUCUACUCUUCUGCGCAACAAUGAACCCCAAUGAACCCAAUUUCUGAGCUUGAAAUUGUUUUUCGUAGCAAUCCCAGAACCAGAUCGCUGAGUCUCCUUAACCUGAUGACCAUCAUGCAUCCAGUAUAUACGCUUUCCCUUCUCUAUGUCUUACUUGCUCCCAGAUUUGGCAGAGUAAAUGCCGAUGGAGAGACUGUAUCGAUCACAUUAAAAUGUGGUGAUAUCAAGAACGUGACAUCUCCGAACUAUCCUGACAACUACAACAACAAUUUAAAGAUUCACUGGAAUGUACGAGCAGACCUCGCUCAAAGAAUCCUCGUCACAUUUAAUGACUUCCAAACUGAGGAGAGUGAUUAUCUACGUAUAGAGGAAGAGAACUAUACAUCUGUUAAAGCAGAGUACAGAGGAAGCAAAUUGGCUACACCAUAUAUUUCCCUCUGGAACCACCUUGCGAUUAUCUUCACCUCCGAUUCGUCCGAGAGUAGAACAGGAUUCCAUCUGUCCAUCUCUUGUUUCAAGGAAACAGAUUACACUGGUAUCCACGAGGCCUUUGAGGGUUUGGAGCAUACUAGAGUGAUGAUGCAGCCUGUAUGCACAGAUGCCUGGCAUACGGAUGUCGCAGAUACGGUGUGCAGAGAAGCAGGAUUUCCCGGAUCUUACGAGACUAUAUUCACAAAGAGACUGAGAAUAUCUCGGAAUCACAGGGAAUAAAUUACCAAUGCAGCAAAUCAACUUUUCGCCUUCAAGACUGCAAGAUAUCAACGUCCAGGUGCACAGUUCAAGUCUCGUUAGUGAUAGUGUGUAGUGUUUUAAGUGAACUUGGAUGCUUCGACCUUGCGGAAAACACUCAUCUGCUGUCAAGAAGUGUAAAACUGAGCAGGAAUCAAUGUCUUACCUACUGCAAGGCCCUCUCUACCACUCCACAGUAUGCUGUACAUCAACACCGAAUUAACUGUUCAUGUAUUAAUCAAACUGCACUGGAUGUUACCGAACUUUCUCAAGAACGUAGCCGAUGUAGGAAAACCAGCGAAAGCCAAACUGGGCAAUAUGCAACCCUCUUUAACGUCUCGUUUGGAUUCUGCCACGACCCGCCUGAGAUAGACAACGGAUCUUGGAUUAAUACAUUGAAUGGAUUCAUGUACGGCACAACUAUCACCGCCAAGUGCAACGACAGCUACGAGUUGGUGGAUGGAGAUGGGAAGAUGAGAUGUGACAAGGCAACAACCUCUACAACUCAAGACUUUGUAUGGCAUGGAAUCAUUCCAUCGUGUCGGAAAACGAAUACUAGUACUCAAAUCAAUGUAGUACCAGCUGACGAAGAGUCGCCCGGGUCUGGUAAGAUUCUGAAGUCAAAAUGGCAACUUAUGAUUGUAUCUUUCUUCUUUAUUAUUAUAAACUAAUACAAUCAGUGAGUGUUUAGGAAAUGAUUCCUUUUGAAACCACUAUCAAAAUAUUUGCAAGGAGAAAUUCAAGAACCUCAUAGCUAACUGAUAAUGCUAAUUAAGGCUGAGUUGGCUCGCGAUCUCAAUGAUAAUUUUUCACAAGAAAGUAAUAUAUCAUGCGUUGUUAGCAACAACACUUUCUUGGUUAAAUCAUCGUAUAGAACAAUCACCAUUUAAGUUACUAAAGUAUACUUUUAUCUCUUGGAGAACAUAUACUGCCGUAGGAAGAAUACAAAUUGCUGAUAUUUUAGCGUAGUUGAUAUAUAUUUGAUGUAUGAUUCCGAAAAUACUUCAUCUAGGCCAUCGUUUUAUUUCAAUUUAUGAAAAUUGUAUUUUAAGUCUGUUCGAUAAUAAUGUUUAAAAUGAUUUUCGACAAGUAUUUCCUUUCUUUUUGAUACAUUUCUAAAAAUAAUUCAUUUGCAGUGUUAGAAUACCAUACACAAUUCGUGUAUUAGAUAGUGUUGCUUUAUUAUAUUUUAGUUCGUUUACGUCAUGUGCCAUGAAAAAGAUUAGAGCAGAUGAAUGGUGCUUGCGAUGAAGGCUUAGGUGUAUAAAUGUGUAACUACUCACUGCACGUAAAUAGGCUUUCAGCCCUGUGUUAAUCGAGAUAAAUACUCAAGAGUUGUGUUACUUUACUUCCCGGUUUUUAUUUUAUCUUGGAAGACGGUUUUUCAUGUAUGCUAAGUCAUAUAUUGUUGUUUUUCUAUAAUUAUGGUAUAAUUGAAGGGAUAUAAGAUUAAUGUUGAGUUCAUAAUAUGAUGACAUUUAGCGAAAAACACACCUUUGCACAUUUCAGUCAGAUUUAUCACUUUUUGCGGAGUUUUUCUUUCAUAAUCUAGUUCCAACAAACACGGGUACAGUUCGUGUGUGUGCGGGCGUGGGCGAAUGACCGUUUGUGCACAUUCAACAAUAUGAGAUCAAAAUAAUAAUAAAAUGGCAAAGUAAAAUUGUUUUGUUUAUGUUUUCCUUCCGUAAGGGGAAGUGUCCUUAUUUCUUUUAACCCUCUUUUGGGUUACACAUCUCAGAUUGAAGUGAAUUUCAACCCUGUGCCCAUUAUACAGGUGCGACUGAUAAGAAUCGGACUCAAGUCCUCCAAUCAAUACCUGAUCAAUGAUAUUAAUAUCAAAUGUAGUUGUGAAAACUGCGAGCUCUCAAUAAAACUGGGCCUUCGUAUUUUUGGAAUCGGGUUACAGCACAAAUUUAAAAUGUUCAUUUCUAAGUUGUGCUUACAAAUAUCAGGAAAUAAAUUUCCAUUAUCAAUGUUUGUUGAAAUACUAUGAUUUAAUUUCUCAUUGUAUGGCAAGAUCGUACUUAUGCUAGCUAUUAGCUACAGUUAGUAACUGUAUUCAUCGAUAUAGGUAAUUAUAGGUAAAGAAACAAUUUUGGAUUUAUGUAAGUUUGUGAACUCUUUUGAAUGACGUUGCAAGCUGUAUUUUUGUUUGAAUUGUUUUCACGUAAAAUAAAGGCAAAAUAACAAGUCA